GCGGGGAAACGCCUUCCGGAGGGGGGGAACAAAACGGCGCGCAGUCGGGCGCAGCCAGCCACCGCUUCCCGGAGUGCUGUCACCCGUGCGCCUCCCAGCAGCUGCCAGAAUGCCAAACUGGGGAGGAGGCAAGAAAUGCGGGGUGUGCCAGAAGACCGUCUACUUUGCCGAGGAGGUCCAGUGUGAAGGCAACAGCUUCCAUAAAUCCUGCUUCCUAUGCAUGGUCUGCAAGAAGAAUCUGGACAGCACCACUGUGGCUGUGCAUGGAGAAGAGAUCUAUUGCAAGUCAUGCUACGGCAAGAAGUACGGGCCAAAAGGCUAUGGCUACGGGCAAGGCGCAGGCACACUGAGCACGGACAAGGGAGAGUCUCUGGGCAUCAAGCAUGAGGACGCCCCCGGACACAGGCCCACCACCAACCCCAACGCGUCCAAGUUUGCCCAGAAGAUCGGUGGCUCUGAGCGCUGUCCCCGAUGUGGCCAGGCGGUCUAUGCGGCAGAGAAAGUGAUCGGUGCCGGGAAGUCCUGGCAUAAGUCCUGCUUCCGAUGUGCCAAAUGUGGCAAAGGCCUUGAGUCGACCACCCUGGCGGACAAGGAUGGUGAGAUCUACUGCAAAGGAUGCUAUGCUAAAAACUUUGGGCCCAAAGGUUUUGGCUUUGGACAAGGAGCUGGUGCCUUGGUCCACUCAGAGUGAGGCCGCCGCUGCCUGCACACCCUGCCUACACCUGUGCUUUUUCUCAUCAACCCCUUCCCAGAAGCUUUGGACACUCCAAGAGUCUCUCCCUCCCUCACUCGGCCCUGGCGCACAUCACUAAUGUUGGACUUGGGUAUCUGGCUUCCUUUGGUUUAGGGGUCUGCCUGAGCUCCUACCCCACUAAGGGCUUCCCCCUGCCUGCCACUUGAUACCACCGCCUUUAGGGGACAGCUGUCUAGUCACCCCUGUAGAGAGAACAGGUCCCUCUCCCCACACUUCACCCCCACAGACCGGACAUCCACCCUCUACUGGCCAGGACACCUGAGCCCACAUCUUUGGGGCUCAGAGGAGCGACGCAGCAGACCUGGGGAAGGGAGGACCAGGACUGGGCCAGGGAAGCCUUCGUGAGGUUUAUUGGAUCCCAGAGGAGAUUCUGGGAGGCUGAGCUUCUUGGUGCCCUUGAGAAUCAACCUGAGGCAUCUCAGUCUGGGGGUUCCGACGGGAGGCAGAGGGGUGCAGACAGGGUUUGGGCCACAGGAAGGAGCUUUUUCUGGAAUCUUACCUUUGAAUGUGGAACUGGUAUGGUCCAGCAUGGGAAUGGAGAACAAGCCAGGCCAGAGGACCCCACAGUCUGGAGGUUUCCUGAGGCAUCAAGUCCCCUGUUUGAUGGGGAGGGAGGAUCCUAAUGAAGUACUUUGAACAUGCAUUCACGUUUAUCAGUGGUUGAGAUCUUGGAGUUCUGGUCCUAACCCUGGAUCUGGUGACUGGAAUGGACAGUUUCUCUCUGUGUCAGCCUAGCCCAGGGGAGUGCUGUGUUCUGGCCACUCCUGACAGUUCCUCUAACGGAGGGAGGCAGAGGCAGCCUGCCCUCUUGUAACACCCUCUGCCUCUGCCUCCAGUUCUCACUCCCCUCCAACUCAGACCCAGACCCUGACUCCUUCACGCUUCCCUUCUCUUAGGGACCUUCCCUAGCUUCCAGGCCCCAAGGUCAGGCACGGAGGGAGGAAGGGGAAGGGCUGGGCCUCGAUGCUCCCAGGGACCGAAAGAACAAUGCUGUCUGCGGCCGUUCGCUGCAAGGGCUGUAGGCAUGGGCUGUGUGGACGCUGAUUCCUCCUCUGGUCAAUAAAGCAGUUUAGAACAGAA